UCGGUGGUGGCUCCGCUCGCGGCCCCGCAGGAAGCCUCGACCCAGCGUCCCGCCGCCGACCCGAUCUGCAGGAUAAUGUGGUAUGUCAGCACUCGGGGCAUGGUGCCUCGGGUCGACUUUGAGGGGGCCCUCUUCUCAGGCUAUGCGCCAGAUGGAGGGCUAUUCAUGCCUGCAGAAGUGCCUCAGCUGAGCAGGGAGACCCUCCUGGAGUGGAGUGAAUUCUCCUACCCGCGCCUGGUGAAGGAGCUGUGUGCGCUCUUCAUUGGCCCUGAGCUCAUUCCCAGAGAUGCUCUAAACGACUUAAUCGACCAGGCCUUCAGCAGAUUCCAGCACCCAGAGGUGGUUCACCUGGCUAGGCUGAAAGAUGGGCUGAAUGUGCUGGAGCUGUGGCAUGGGGUCACAUUUGCCUUUAAGGACCUGUCCUUGAGCUGCACAGCCCAGUUCUUGCAGUACUUCCUGGAGAAGAGGAAGAAGCACGUGACAGUGGUUGUAGGGACCUCUGGGGACACAGGGAGUGCUGCCAUUGAGAGUGUUCAAGGAGCCAAGAAUGUGGACAUUGUUGUACUGCUGCCAAAAGGUCACUGCACAAAGAUUCAGGAACUCCAGAUGACAACGGUGCUAAGGGAGAAUGUCCAUGUGUUUGGAGUGGAAGGAAACAGUGAUGAGCUGGAUGAACCCAUCAAGGCUGUGUUUGCUGAUGUGCCUUUUGUCAAGAAGCACAACCUGAUGAGCUUGAAUUCAAUCAAUUGGUCCAGGGUCCUUGUGCAAAUGGCCCACUUCUUCUUCGCUUACUUCCGGUGUGCACCAUCCUUAAACACACAACCGCUGCCGCCUGUGGAGGUGGUUGUGCCAACGGGCGCUGCUGGUAACCUUGCAGCUGGCUUCAUCGCUCAGAAGAUGGGCCUGCCUGUCCGCCUGGUCGUGGCAGUCAACUGCAAUGACAUCAUCCAUAGGACAGUCCAGCAGGGUGACUUCUCUCUGUCCAAGGAUGUCAAACCAACCUUGGCAUCAGCAAUGGACAUCCAGGUACCCUACAACAUGGAGAGGAUUUUCUGGUUACUGUCCAGCUCUGACAGCCAGCUGACCAAAACUCUCAUGGAGCAGUUUGAAAGAACCCACAGUUUGCAUCUACCCACAGAGCUGCACAGCCAGCUUUCAGGUGCUGUCACAUCUGUGUGUGUGUCCGAUGCGGCCAUCCUGGGGACCAUGCGGCGAUGCUGGGAGGAGAACCAGUACUUCCUGUGCCCGCACACAGCCGUGGCCGUGAGCGUCCACUACCAGCAGGCGGACAAGCAGCAUUCCAGCACCCCCCGAUGCUGCCUGGCCCCCGCAUCUGCAGCCAAGUUCCCAGAAGCUGUCUUGGCUGCGGGGCUGACCCCAGAGACCCCGGCGGAGAUCCUGGCCCUGGAGACCCGUGAGACACGCUGCAUCCCUAUGCAGAGGGGAGACGACUGGACACGAAUGCUCCGGAGCACCAUCGAGGACAUCAGCAGCCGAGGGGGUUCCCUUUCCUGAGCAGGCCAGCUGCAGUGGCUUCCUCAGGCCUCAGCACCCUUCAAAGGCCA